AUGUCAAGAAACAUAAUUCCCAGUUACUCUUUACUAUCACUCUUUUUGAUGUGUGUUUGUUUGGUUUUAGCAAAUGCAGAAGUUGAAUGCACAGAUGUGAUGACAAAGUUGAUGCCAUGCCAAGGGUUCAUAAUGAGUGGAGAUUCGUCCCCUAGUGUUGACUGUUGCAGUGGAGCACAAACUAUUGACAAACAAUUCACAGCGUCUGAUAAGCCAGACCGCGAGGCCAUCUGCUCCUGCCUCAAGACUGCUGCACAAUUUCCUACUAUAAAUCUUGAGAAAGCAGCAAUGCUCCCUGCCUUAUGCAACCUUACUACCAAAAUAUCUUUCGACCCUAACGUUGAUUGCUCCACGGUUUGAAGGACCAAGUACUGGGAAUCCCUAGCAGGGAUAAGAAGAAGUGAU